AUAUUUUGGAUUUUUUGCCAUGGUUUCCAUCCAUGGUAUAUAUUACAGCCAUUUUACUAGGUAGCUCGUUUAUAUGAUUUAAAGAAUAAAACAUGGAUCGCUUGGUUGAUUACUUUGCAGUUGUGGGAUACGACUUUGAUUGUGAAGAAACUAAAGUCCAUGCUUUGCGUGGAAAAGUAAUCACCAGAAUACCUGAAUAUGAAUGGGAAGAUAUGCCUUUCACUCAAGGAAUUGAACUGUUCUGUCAACCAGCGGGCUGGUACCUGACGCAUGAGAGGCAAGCUCCAACUUUCUUUGUAUCUGUUCUAACUGAUGCAGAAGGAAUGCGGCAUUACUGUGCAGUGCAUUCUUUCACCGAGCCAAUUGUUUCAAAAGAACAAGAGAACCAGAACUCAAACUUAACAAGAAGGAAAAGUUUGUCACCUGUAUCGGCUGGAGCUAAAAAAGAUGAAAAUGAAGGAGACACAGGGGGAGAUGGGACGCCUGGAGAUGAAUAUGUAGAUGAAGCCAUGUGUAGAGUAGAUACCGGGGAGGGGAAUGACAAUGAUUUGGAUGCAAGGAAUAAUAAGACCAAGCCAACUUACGCGCCAAAGUGUCUCGUUAUAUUGUCAAGAAUUAACGAUUUUCGAGUUUUAAAAAACUGCCUUGGCCUUAUAUACACAGUAUACAUUGAAGAACUGACCAUAUCAAUGGAAAACAUCAUUGCAAAGUUAUUAGUUGUCAAAGUCCCCCCUCCUGGUUCCUCUAUGUUGAGAUUCUCCAUUGGUGCUGCUGAUAAACAAGCAUUACAAACCCCACAAAGUGAUCAUCUACCAGUAACAAGGGCAUCAGUUGCUAUGCUGCUAAGACAACUAGGUAUUUUGAAUGUGUUGAAUAUCUUGUGUGCUGCAUUGGUUGAUCAGAAGCUUCUAUUCUAUUCAUGCAGUUACUCUAGACUUAGUGAGGCCUGUAAUGCAUUGACAGCUCUUAUGUACCCAUUUGUAUACAGUUACCCUUAUGUACCCAUCCUACCCAAACACAUAGUUGAAUACACAUCAUCACCAACUCCUUUCCUUAUUGGAGUUCAUUCAUCACUGAAGAACGAACUGCAUGAUUUGCUUGAUGUUAUAACUGUUGAUUUGGAUGGGGGUGUUAUAUCAAUACCUGAGUGUGUGAAUAUUCCUAUGAUACCGGAACCUUACUAUACUAAUGUAGUGGAGGCGUUAACUAAGGUGUUGUGCCCGGAUCUGGUGGUAGCUGAUUAUGCUUAUCCUCCUGAACAAGUUAAGUCUUCGGAGCCAGAAAGACUGGUAAGCAUCUAUGACUAUGUACCUGCCAGGCUGCCAAUAUAUCUUAGUGUGAUGGUUAUUGCAUUGCAGGAAAACUUCCUUCUAAUGCGAGGUUUCUCAGUGCACAACACACCUUCUGCCAAUGAGUUUGUACCCAAGUUGUUAGAAAGCCAAGCUUUCUCUCUGUUUGUUCAAACCAAUGGUCCACCUUACAGGAAGCUGCAUAAGUUUGAUGAGCUUGUAGCAGAUGUUCCAAACCGAAUACAAUCGGACAUGAAUAAUGUAUAUCAUGCAAUGCGACAUAUUAAGAUACUUGCUUCAGAUCUUUAUAUAAAUGAAAACCCAAACCAUCUUUCUAUAACUGAGAAAAUCCCCAAACCAAGUUCAGGAUCCCACGAACGAUUGAACCAGAAAAGGUUCCCGAAACUGAGCGCGACAGCCGUGCAAACUUUUAUGGAGGAGAAUCGUGUCAGGGCCGAGUCAGCUCGUGGUCCGAAAAGGAUUGCGCAAUCUUCCAGGAAAGUUCCAGAAGGAUCAAGGCCAAUAUCUUUUGCACAUCGUAGUGGAACUACAAGCAGCAGGAGAUUAGAAGUCCUCAAGAACUGCAUGACGUUUAUAUUUGAAAGCAAAACUCUUGAAAUUAAGAAGAUAUUUCAAGCUGUAUUGCGGGCAUUAAAAAGCAGAUCAGCACGGAAUGCAUUAACCCAUGAAUUAACUGCGUAUUCCAAAACUCACCCCCAACUUGAUAAUCAACAGUUUGAUUAUAUUGCAAGGCUUAUCAACAAUGCAUUACAGGACAGCAGUGGCCAGCUUGAUGAGAAUACAUUAGCUGCCGAUCUACUUCCUGUAGUUACUGCAUUUUACCGGAAACUGUGCCCUACAGUGAUGCAGUUUAUGUAUACAGUUGUACAAGAUCACCCUGUAUGGACUUCCCAUGCAUUCUGGGAAAGUGCGUUCUUUGAUGACAUCCAAGAUGCUAUUGGAAAUCUAUAUGCUGUUAAUACUAAGAAGGAACGAACAACAAGACGUUUAUCACCAACUGGUAGUCAAAAAAAUCUUGAAACUUCAAAUUCUAAUGAAGUGUUUGGUAGAAGAGACAACCAAAUGUGUAUGAGCAUUGCUGCUAUUCAGCUUAAGAAAUGGGAGUCUAAGUCAGCUGAAGAUAAAUCAGAGGAGAGUUCAUCAGAAGAGGGAGUUGUCUUCAGCCAAGCGAUGCACAAUGCACAGAGAAUGGUCUUCAUGCUGGUACCUCUCGAUUCCACGAGAGCAAAUCGAACAAAGUUUUUACGUUUAACUCAUGGAGAAGAAAGUAGUAGCAACAGUUACUUUACUAACAGUAUCGCGGGAUCGAUGACAGGAAGUUGUGACGAGGAAUCGGGAUUCGAUGAAUCCGACGGAUCCGGCGACAUCGCGUCAACUGUGUCAAAGUUCGUGACGCGCUUCGUUGACCACGUGUGCACUGAAGCGAAUAUUUCCAAUGAACACACGAAGAUGUUGACCAAUAAGAUUCCAACCCUGGUUCAUAUGCAGGUUGAGUCCUUACAAGAUGUUUGUAAAGAAAGCAAGCGUUUGCCACCGAUCAAGAAGGCAAAACUACUCCAACCAAACCUUCUACUUGGGGAGACACAUGCAAUAGACAAGCCAUUACGUGCAUACUUGGCAGCUGAUGGUCGAGCUACUGCAGUAGGAGGGGAGAUAGGUGGUCCUACAUUGCUCCCAGCUGAGGGAGCGUUGUUUGUCACUACUUAUCGUGUUAUAUUCAUUGGAGUACCAUGCGAUGCAUUAGCCGCUGAACAAGUUGUGAUUCGUUCCUUCCCUGUUGCAAGCCUGUUCAAGAUGAAACCUUUCAAUGUCAGUGAGUUUCCACAUGUUGCAAACAUUGAUCAAAACUUACAGCACGGCAUCCAGCUCCGAUCCUCCACCUUCCAAUUCCUCCUCCUCUCCUUUGACGAGGAGGUUUCUGCCGAACAACAACAUCAGUUACAAAACGAGCUCCAAACCCUGCGUUACCCGCUCACAAUCGACGGGGCGUUUGCCAUGUCCGCUGCCCGCAACUCUCGCUUGCAAUUCAACAAAGCAUCAAACGCACUAAUGCGAAAGAAGGCGGGGUCAACGUCAAGUGUCUCAAGCACCAUGUCAAGCUCUAAUCGAAUAUCGGGCACCAAGACAUUGUUUAAGCAAGCCAAGAGAAAAGCUGGGUUGAAUAAAACCAAUCGAUUCUCGCGACUGGUGAUGACUGACAGCAAAACUAAAACACUUUACUACCCAGCAAGUAAUGGGAGUGGACAACAGGGUUCUAAUGCUACAUUGGGAAGAAUGCCCCCCAUUGACGAAGCAAUGACGAAAACAUUAUCCGAUAAAGACACGAUGAACCGAUUGAUCCAACGUUCGUGCGAGGGAGAUUAUCAAAGGUUGGGGUUGUUGAACACAGAUGGAAACCGAUAUCGACUAUCAAGGGUUAACCGCAUGUUCUCAGUGUGCAGGAGUUACCCAGCUUGUUCAGUUGUUCCAAUGAACAUGUCUGAUGAUCAAAUUAAAUCACUCGCACAUUGCCACCACCAGUCUCGAUUCCCAUCCAUUGUAUGGUUGCAUCCAACUACUAAAGCUGUGCUUAUGAGAAGCAGUGGGAUUCGAACCAGGACGGCCAGUUCGCUGUUUAAGCAUGGACAAUCUGCACCGAUGUCAGUGUCUGAUGAAGGGACAGCAGGAUCAGGAACAGAGGAGGAGAAAUUCUUGAUGAAGAUCGCAUCUUACUCCACCCCAAUGAGUCGACCAUCCUCGGAAUUAUUCCGUCCCGAUUCACUCAACAGUUUGUCGAGUACUGGCACAGAUGAUGAGAGUCACUUGAGGACACCACAGAGCAGCACACGUGGGCAUGGGAGUGCACUGACGAGUUCGUUAAGAAAACCUCGAAAAUGGGGAACACUCACAAGAUCAAAUGGAAAACCAGUUGGAGAGAGAACAUCACCCAGUCCUAUGCUUAACUCUCGUUCACCAAGUCCACUAGCUACCAAUGGUGGUAGUAAUGGAACUAUUGCGCAAUCAGCCAUGUACCAUGCUAUGUCGAAACAAGCAAAGGUUUACGUGUUUGGGGAAAAGGCUCAACUGAAGAAUUUAAAACAUGAACAGCAAGGCAAAGUGAUGUUCGUUCCAUUGGACAUCACAGAACCGAAGCAAAUUCGUCUAAGUUUCAAAUCGAUGAUCAAAUCCUGUCUACCCCCUGAACCCCCACCCUCCACCAACCCAUCCACACAACCACAACAAGUACAAGAUACUGGGUUUAGGAAGGAUGUAGAAGACUCCGGAUGGCUUGUGCAGGUAUCCCAGUUAUUAGAAGUAGCUGGAGCAGUGGUUGACGUGAUUGACAUUCAUGGUGGUUCAGUAAUGAUAGCAGUGGAAGAUGGUUGCGACGCUGUGCCACAAAUAUCUUCAUUAGCUCAAGUUAUGUUGGAUCCACACUAUAGAACAAUUGAAGGAUUCCAGACAUUGAUACAGAAAGAAUGGUUGUCGUUUGGCCAUCGUUUCAGUCAUAGGAACCGAUUUAAUGAUGUUCAAUCUAGUGGAUUCACUCCUGUGUUUCUACAGUUCCUAGAUGCAGUCUACCAGUUGAUCAACCAGUUCCCGAUAUCCUUUGAGUUCAACACCACAUACUUAGAACUUAUAGCUUACCAUUCAAUGUCAAACCGGUUUACCACUUUUCUACUGGACUCUGACUAUGAGAGGUUAGAAGCUGGUAUCUUGUUUGAGAAGAAGGUUACUGGUCGAUCACCAGGAAAGAACUCUUUGGCUUCAUCUAGUUCAACAUCUCCUCCAGCGUCACCAAGUUUCAACACACUCCGGCCAUACAAGUCACUGUGGGAUUACAUUGAUGCAGCUCAUAGGAAAUCACAUCUGUUUCUUAAUACGUUUUAUUCGCCACAACAUCUAUCGUCUCAGGUUUUGCGUCCAAUACACUCCAUGUGUCGGUUAAAACUAUGGCCAUACUACAUACGUGAAGCAUUAGGUGAAGGACCACCAUUUGAUGGAUCGCUUGGUGAAUUAACUUCCGGUACAAGUCAUAAUGAACAAGAAGCUACUGAGACAAGUGAAGUAUGGGGAGGUGUCACUGGUAGGCGGGUGGUCAAUGGUUGCUAUGACAACAUUGCCGAUGCUCAACCGGACACUAUCAAAAUGCUACUGAGCCAGAUUGAUCGAUUACAAACAGAGCUUGGGGUUCCCGUCGAUUCAUGGAAUUCAACUUGGAAGGCGAUAAACACUUCAACUCCUAAGCGAAAGAAUGUUCCUGAACACACAAAGCAAGCACGAAGUGAAGUUCGAGCGUUGCACAAACUAACAACAGUCAAUGUUAUUCAUAAGAACCUUCCCCAACCUAAACGUCGAAUGGUGGUGUCUGCUAUGGACUUCCUACAUUCCCAACAACUGUUGCCUCAACGAAUGCGAAGUGUGUCUGUAGCUAUCACUUCAUUCACAUCAUCUUCACCUUAUAUCAGGAGAUCAGCUAUCAGAGAGGAAAGUGUUAGCUCGGAAAACUGGACCAAUCCACCUGAGAUUUUGAUCAACUCUGUCAAUGAUACAAUGGACACGACUUCUCUGUAUGACCAGUUCCAAACCUCAAGCAAACCAGAAGUUCGUACAUAUGAGGGAUCACUAUGGAAGCAAGGAGCUUACAUGAGAGGAUGGAAACCAAGGUUCUUUGUGCUCGAUACAACUAAACAUGAAUUGCGGCAAUAUGAGAACAGAGGCGACAAUAUUUGCAAGGGCAUUAUUGACCUGAAAGAACUUGAAUCAGUUCAACUAAUGGAUCAACCUUUAUCAGGUGCGCCGAAAGGUGCCAGUGGUAAAGCUCUAUUUGAGGUAAAACUGUCCAAAAGACAAUAUCACUUUAUUGCUGAGAAUGAACAAGCGGCAAAAGAUUGGGUCGACAAUCUCCAAUCUGCUCUUUGAUCUUCUUACUCUGCCUCCUCAUCACUGUGAUCCUGUUUCUCCCUGAAGUGAUCUCCAAGCGAUUUUAUCUUGCCUACCUCCCGUGGGAAUAUGAGUUGGUGCACCUGACGCACUACAGACAUGGGAUUUUAAUCAAAUAGGAAAUAAUUGAGGACUUUUAUUUCUUUCCUUUAUUUGCGAUACAGUGUUAAUUGGGUGAAUCUGUUAUACAUGUGAGUUUGAUUACAUUACACUUAAAGAAUGUUAACACGUACACACACAAGCACAUUUCCUGAAGGUACAGUCCUAGUUUUGUAAAAGCUCACUGUCCUAUUAUGGUAUACAUUCUAAUUUUUGAAAAAUGUUGUUUUAAAACCUUUUGCCCUUUUCCAAAGUUGAUGUCUCUGUUUCACUGGUCUUCCUACACUUUUAGUACUUUAUUUAUUAUUCACCUUUUAACUUUUUGAUGCCUGGCUGGAAUUUGCGCCAAAUAUUGUCCUUAAUUUAAAUGGUCUUGGAACUUUGUCGAACACAAAGGCAUAUUGCUGUCUUUUGUCAUGGAGAAUAUGCAAACAAAAUCUGUGCUGCUUGAAUUGCUGCAAUAAUGAGAACCAGAGCCAUUGAUGGAGCUACAUAUUCUCCCAUGUUACUUAAUUACGUUAGUUGACAUUGCUUUUUGUUAGGUAUGGGGUUGAUAUUAAUAUAUACAUGUAUGAACGUUUUACAGUGAAUAACUGCCCGAAUAUGCUUGGUGUACUUCGCUUAAAGUUUUAAAAUGCUUGCUGCAAUAGCAACUUGCUAAUAAAUUCCUCUAGUAAGCAAA